GCAGUAAUCACACGAUAGUCGGAUGCGUCGUCACCAUGGUCGCAUGCGUCGUCACCAUGAUCGGAUGCGUCGCCAUCAUAGUCACUCACCCACUCAUUUCGCAUCUUCACAGUUAUGAGCCCGGCAAUCGCUUGCUAGUCAAUCGAGCUGUUUUCAAACCUCUACCAGGGAGAGCUCCUUUGACACCCUGCGUACAAUUUCUCUACUUCACCAGUCGCAUCAAUCGCGACCUCUACAAUCUCCUGAGCACGCUACCAGAGCUCUCAGACAACCUCGUCCACCUCAAGGACAACCUCGUCCACCUCAAGGACAACCUCGUCCACAUCAAGGACAACCUAGUCCACAUCAAGGACAACUCAAGGACAACCAAGUCCACAUCAAGGACAUAUUCGUCCACCGCAAGGACAUUCGUCCACCUCAAGGACAUAUUCGUCCACCUCAAGGACAUAUUCGUCCACCUCAAGGACACAUUCGUCCACCUCAGGGACAUACUCGUCCACCUCAAGGACAUAUUCGUCCACCGCAAGGACAAGCUCGUCCACCUCAAGGACAAGCCCGUCCACCGCAACAACAUAUUCGUCCACAUCAAGGACAACUCAAGGACAACCAAGUCCACAUUAAGGACAACUAAGUCCACCGCAAGGACAUUCGUCCACCUCAAGGACACAUUCGUCCACCUCAGGGACAUACUCGUCCACAUCAAGGACAACCAAGUCCACAUCAAGGACAACCUAGUCCACAUCAAGGACAACUCAAGGACAACCAAGUCCACAUCAAGGACAACCAAGUCCACCGCAAGGGCAUACUCGUCCACCUCAGGUCCAUAUCAAGGACAACCUCGUCCACAUCAAGGACAAACCUCGUCCACAUCAAGGACAUACGUCAUCAAUAUGACAGACUCCACUGAUUUGCUAGUCACAAAGACUACAGUCAUACUCAACACAACCAAUGACUGGGACCGAUGGAUCUACCUCCAAAAGUCAGUCGCGGAACAGCUGUUUGUCUGGGAAUACUGCAACCCAGAGCUCUCAGCAGCUGAGGUGAUGAUACUAGGAGACAUACCAGUUGAGCCAACAUAUAGCGAUCAUCAAUCGGGCGCCACCAAACCAUCUGAAAUGGAUGCAAAAAACCCAUCCGACUAUCAUGGAGCGAGCACAUCGUUAUAA